AUGUCGCGCGUUCUGCAGACAAUCGUCGCGGCACUUGCUGUCGUACCGAUCGCUCAGGGCCACACAUGGAUCGAGCAACUGCGCAAUGUCAACGACAAAGGCCAAUAUGUCGGCGAGUACGGUUAUCCCCGCGGCAUGGUCGCCAAGACCGACCCGGGGUAUAACGGCUUCAGUAUGAAUUGGCUGAUGCCUGAUGGUGAUGUCUUCAUACGCAACGACACUAUUCUUUGCCACAAAGAUCAACGCCAACAGAAGCAGUCCUCUGACAAGUAUCCUCGUCUGCAAGCUGUUCCCGGAGGCUUUAUUGCCAUGCGCUACAUGGAAAACGGGCACGUCACUAAGCCCCAAAACCAGAUAGGCAAGCCAGCGCACGCCGGCACGGUCUUCGUCUACGGUACCACACAACCAAAGGAGGACGAGAAGCUUGUCGAUGUUCUUUACUGGACAGAGGAUGGCAAGGGUGGAGACGGCCGCGGUACUCUCAUCGCUACCAACAAUUACGAUGACGGGCGGUGCUACGAGACCAACGAGACUCCUGAGUACAAACAGCGCGCUAAAGAGGUUCCCAACUAUGCUAUGGGUCAAGGUGACGAUGGUCCGGGUACCAUGCCUUUGUUCUGCGAGACCAACGUACAGCUCCCCAAGACAGCCGACGUGGGCAAGCCCUACACUUUGUAUUGGGUUUGGCAGUGGAACACAGCUCCUGGCAUUGAUCCUGGCCUUCCGAAGGGCAAGGACGAGUACUACAGCACCUGUAUUGAUGUUGACGUCGCUUCAGCGGAUGUUGCAUUGGCUGCCGAUGCUGAGCCGAAGUUUGCUCUUGGUCAGCAAGACGCCAUGGCUAAGGCUGUAUCUGACUUUGCCUCUCGCACUGCUGCCAUGACGGACGCUCUCAAGGGUGAAGUUGGCCCCAUCUUUGGAGGAGGCAACCAGACUUCCGCACCAUCUGCUCCUGUUGCUGGCGUUCCCUCUCAACCACCUGCGCCUGCGCCUGCACCUUCACGGGCACCGGCGCCUUCAUCCCCAGCUCCCCCACUGUCAGGUCAACCACCUCGUGCUUCCGGUCCAGCUGGCAUACCCACACUCACUCGGCGUCCCGGUGCCGCUCCAUCAAACCCCCCUGGUGGCGACAAUGUGGUCACAGUGACAGACACUGUCUUCAUCACCAUGACUGCCUCUGAGACUGGAGCACCGCCUUCCACCAUGGUCACCUCCAAGCGCGCCGUCUCAUCUGCCAAGUCACAGGCCCCUCCGGCAGCUGGCAUCACUACUUCAGCCGCAAAGUCGAGCCCCGCUGGCGUCGCACCCCCGGGUUCCGCAGCGCCAACGAAGCUCCCCGGCUUCGACAUGUCCAACCCUCGUGGCGCCAAGUUCCGCAAUAUGUUCUAA